GAUCUUAAUAUUAAAAAUAAUUUGCAUCAGACACCUCUUCAUUUGGCAGCUAUGAAUGGUCACGGAGGUGUCGCUGAUGUGCUUCUCAAGAAUGGAGCUAACGCUAAUAUUGGAAAUAAUUUGAAUACCACACCUCUUCAUUUUGCUGCUAUGAAUGGUCACAAAAAUGUUGCUGAACUUCUCAUCAACAAAGGCGCCAAUAUGGAUGUCAUGUCUCAAUUCAAUGAUACACCUCUUCAUUAUGCUGCUAUACAUGGUCGCAAGAAUGUUGCUGAACUUCUCAUCAAAAAAGGAGCCAAAGUUGAUAUUAGAAAUCUGCAGAAUCUAACACCUCGUCAGUUAGCUGUUAAUUAUGGUCACGACAAUGUCGCCAACCUUUAAAACCAGGGGGAUUGAAAAUUUUGACACAUAGACACUAGCGCUGCAGUUUGCUUGUCAGUUGGUCAGCUGCACAACUAACAAUCAUGCUGAUGGAGCGGCCACACAAAAACUGGAUCGGUCAUAUAUUUUUGAUUCAUUUUUUUUUGGUUUUUGUUAAUAAAUUUGAUUAUAACA